AUGCCAAUGCGAUGCCAAUCUACAAUUAUGUCUCGUGCGACCGCCAGACUCAGCCAGCUUGCUCAUAUUCUUGAGCCCAAUCCUACAAAUGCUAAACAGUCACUUUCUCCUUCACAUCCUUUCAAAAUUGCCGUCAUUGGUUCUGGAAACUGGGGAACCACCAUCGCCAAAGUUUUGGCAGAAAACGCAUUAUCUCGUCCCCACUUGUUUGCCCACUUUGUAGACAUGUGGGUGUUCGAGGAAAAGGUUGAUGGACGCAAUUUGACCGAAAUUAUUAAUGAGGAUCAUGAAAAUGUCAGGUACCUUCCCGGUGUACCAUUGCCCAAAAACUUACGGGCUCAGCCAGAUAUCACGGAAACCGUUAAGGAUGCCGAUUUGGUGGUGUUCAACUUGCCACAUCAAUUUUUGCCCAGGAUUUGUGACCGGUUGAAGGGUAAAUUGAAACCUAGUGCCAGAGGCAUUUCGUGCUUGAAGGGUUUGGAAGUGGACUCCAACGGAGUCAAGCUUCUUUCCACCGUGAUCACCGAGAAGUUGGGAAUAGCAUGCGGAGCCCUUUCGGGUGCAAAUUUGGCUCCCGAAGUGGCCAGGGGAAAAUGGUCAGAAACUACCGUCGCUUACAAGCUUCCCGCCGACUUUAAAGGUGCUGGAAAAGAUAUAGAUCGUACUGUGUUGAAAGCAGCGUUCCACAGACCUUACUUCCAUGUUAAUGUCAUUGAGGACGUGGCGGGUGUGUCUAUUGCUGGAGCGUUGAAGAACAUUGUUGCUCUAGCUGUGGGCUUUGUGGAAGGCUUAGGUUGGGGAGAUAAUGCCAAAGCUGCCAUUAUGAGAGUUGGAUUGUUGGAAACCAUUCGUUUUUCCAAAACAUUUUUCCCGGAGUCGGACCCUUCUACAUUCACUGAACAGUCGGCUGGUGUUGCUGAUUUGAUCACCACCUGUUCUGGUGGAAGAAAUGUCAAGGUUGGCAGAUAUAUGGCGGAAACCGGAGAGGAGGCCCAGGUGGCUGAAAAGAAGUUGUUGAACGGCCAAUCGUCUCAGGGAAUUAUCACCGCCAAGGAAGUGCACGAGCUCUUGGAAGCCAAGGGAAAGACUGGGGAGUUUCCUCUUUUCGAGGCAACCUACCAAAUCAUCUAUGGAACCGAGUCCAUUGAGAACUUGCCUGUAUUACUUGAAAGUAGCAUCUGA